AUGGCCCUCCUUCGUGGACUAAGGAACGAGGUGCUGUCUAUAACCCAGUCGUACCCCCGUGCUGCCUUUACCCACCUCAGCAACGCCGCGACGAAUGGCAUGUGCUCCAAGUGCUUCCGCGAGGAGCAGGCGUCGCAGGACAAGGCCAAGGCAGCCCUGGCGGCGUCAGCUGAGGCGCAGCAUGCACCCGUGGUGGAGGCGCCUGCGCCCGUGCCUGCUGCGGCCGCCGCCCCGACUGCAGCCAUUGAGAUUGCUCGGGCCUCCACUCCUACCGCGGAAGAGGGCAGCAGCAGCGCCCCCGUGGCCACAGUGGCCAACGCCGCGUCUCCAAGCUCACCUUGCAAGCCCAACAGUCAGCACCGGUAUGCCGAGGCGCACAGCUGUACUUUCGAAGACUACAAGACGGCAGAGCGCGAGAAGCUGGCGGCGAACAACCCCCUGGUCCAGGCCAGCAAGGUGGAGCGCAUCUAG